UUCGCGGCGCUGGUCGUGUUCACGUCUCGAACUUUUUGUGCCAGCGCUUCUUGACUAUAUUGCACACUCACCCACCGGUUUCCAACACCCAAGAGCAACGCAUGCGCGGGCUGGCUUGCACGGUCUAUCUAACGCUUCCCGAGGCCGAGCCCCUGGCUACCAACGGUGAGAACAACGCCGCGACCUUCAUCCAUCUGGCCUGGUACUGAGCCAUCUUCAGAUUAUCGACAAACACCUAUUUGAACGACAACGUCACAGCGAGCCGAGCGAAAGACUUUGGAGAAACCCACCAGCCCGCACGAACUCUGGUUAGCCCAAUUUGGGGCUUUACUUGCCCAGCAUGCCCUCCGUUCAGACCAUUUCGAACAUGUGUUCGCAUCUGCAGAACGUAUCGAAAGCACGUCUGGCGAUCACAUCCGUACCGAACAACAAAUUCAAUCUCAAUCUUGCCCUUGCCCUACAUCGGUCGGGAUUCUUGUCUCACGUAUACCGAGCUGGGCCAAAACCUCCGACACUAGAACAAAUGAUUACUCAGGAGCCGGAAAAGGUCACAACGGCCAACGUGGCACAAAUGCGGCUUUGGCUGGGCAUGAAGUACUGGGAUGGGAAGCCGGUUCUGUCACAGGCCACCCCAAUCAGCAAGCCGUCAAGACUUAUGACAGUCAAUAUCGCGGAGCUCGGCAAGCUCACGCGUGGGCUCUCCGCGCAUUUGAAAGGGGGGGUUGUUCCGGGCCUCAAUUUGGGAGAGUGUCUCUAUGUCGCUACUUCGCAAGGAGUACUGGAGUCUCGGGAGGCGCUGGCUCGGAAAUUGGGUGGUUUACUCCUAUGCCGCACUAAUUGAGUGCCGCAUGGUGUUUCAAGAGAUAUGCUCUUGUGUGUAUAUAUGUUCACUUUGAUAGUGUAUCACUAGUGAUGUACGACGUAACAGCAAGGAAGUUUCACG